AUGGCGAUACUCACGGACGAUGCUGGCAAACAUCUGGGAAUGUACCAUGUUCACGUUAGUCGUCCCGGCUCCUCUUCUCGCGACUCUAGCAAUAGUCCUUCGUCAUCCGGAUCUGUGGUCUCAGGCAACCAUAAUGCUCAGUUCUAUGCUCCGCGGCCAGCCGGACGGAAAUCGCCUUCUGGGCCGUCAUCAACCGGUGUAACUGUAGCGGCGGCUGGAUCUGGUGCUGUGGGGCCUCAUCAGCCAUCUCAGCCACAUCCUCACGUUACUCAUGCAUAUGUGCAUCAACACCAACAGUAUCAUGUAGCGCCAGGCAACCCGCCUGGUGUACUUCGUUCCUCACGCCCCAGUCAUUCACCCUCGUCUUCAGGUCCCCCAGUUGCCCUUGGGUCGCCUAUUUCUUUACGGCCACAGUCCGCUCACUUCGAAAUGUAUUCUCUCCCUCCGGGCCUCCCCGGGACUGGGCUUUCUACUAGUUUACUCCCCUCGGCCUCCACUUCAGUCUCUUCCCCUUCCCAUUCAUUAUCAGCUUCAGCCGCGCCAGCAAUUGUGACUCGAACUGGUGGUCCGGGUCUGCCAGCACCUGCACUCGCUUUAGACCUAUCAGAUUAUGAUAAACCCGCCUCUUCAACUUCGGACAACGAAAAUCAGAAUCUGUCACCUUGCCUGCGGCAACACGUUCUUCCAUUGUUGCGGGAUGUAAGUCGUUAUUUCUUGCUCAAGUUUUUUUUGCUCUAUCCUUUUUCUUUCAAAUAA